GAGAAGUCAGAAACUCGAAGGGACGGAAGGUAACUGCCAAACAUCGAAGUAGUCUACCUUGGGGUUUAUGCCUUUUUAUAUUUGAAAUCAACGUUCAAGUUGUAACUGAGAAAGGCUGUGACGGGGAAAGAGCAAAAGCAAAGAAAAACAGAGAAAAAUUUUUAAAGUUGAGGCCGAAGAGAUGCUAGGAGAAUGUGGAAGGAAAUCGGAGAUAGAGAAGCGGGUAAAAUCCGCCCGAAUUCAUUUUCAAGUCGGAUCAAAUCCAACCGGAUUUCCAAUCUCCAGCUCUCCAAUCACAAAGACAUCGUUUCUCCUCACAGAGGUUCCAUCAACUCCCUUCAGGUGGAUUUGACUGAGGGACGAUAUUUGUUAUCCGGUGCAUCUGAUGCAUCAGCUGCUGUUUAUGAUGUUCAAAAAGCUACUAACUAUGAGGGAAAUGGUUUAAUUGCCAAACACAAAUAUUUGUUUUUGGUAGAUAAGCAACACGAAAAGGGACAUAAAUAUGCCAUUUCCUCGGCCAUUUGGUAUCCUGUUGACACGGGAUUAUUCGUUACGGGUUCUUAUGAUCACUGUAUUAAGGUUUGGGAUACCAAUACGACGCAGGUGGUGAUGAAUUUUAAAAUGCCCGGAAAGGUUUAUAGGACUGCGAUGUCUACAUUGGCAACGUCUCAUAUGUUGAUUGCUGCUGGAACCGAAGAUGUGCAAGUUCGCCUUUGUGAUAUUUCUUCAGGGGCAUUUGCUCACACUUUGUCUGGCCACCGUGAUGGCAUAAUGACUGCAGAAUGGUCUACUUCCAGUGAGUGGGUCUUGAUAACAGGUGGGUGUGACGGUGCAAUUCGAUUUUGGGACAUUAGACGUGCUGGAUGUUUUCUUGUUUUGGAUCAGUCCCAGUCCCAGCUUGGAAGACGUCCACCUGUACUGGGUCGUUCUGCUGCAAACAAGGUUUCAGUCUCAAAGUUGACAUCAGCUGGCCAAAGCUCAUUGGUAAAAUCACGAGCACCACAAAAGAAAUAUGCUAAUGGGCAUGGCAUAAAGCAGUCAACCAUUGGUCGAAUGCCAGGUAAGGGUUCUGCAAGACAAAGAGUACAUCCAGGGAUGCUGUCCAUUCAGGAUCGUGCCACCGCUCAUUAUGGUGCUGUAACUGGUUUGAAAGUAACUGAAGAUGGCAUGUACCUUCUAAGUGCAGGCUCUGAUUCAAGAAUAAAGUUGUGGGAUCUUGAAUCUGGCUACAAUACACUUGUAAACUUCGAAAUGGUCCGCCUACAGACAAGCAAGGCAAUUCAGUUAGCCAUAUCUCAGGAUUCAGCUCAUGUUUUUGUCCCUUGCAUGGCAGUCGUGAAAGCAUUUGAUGUUUGGUCUGGUAAAAUGUCCCUUGCAUUUCGUGGCCACUAUGAAUCUGUGAACUGUUGUUGGUUUAGUUCACAGGAUCAGGAAUUAUACACAGGCGGCAGUGAUCGACAAAUUCUUGUCUGGUCUCCACGCAAAUCGAUUUCUGAUGACAUGGAUGAAGGACACGCCAAAGAUCAGGAUAAUUGGAGUGACUAGAAUCUGCUACCACAUCAAUUUAUUCCAUAUAUCCCAUGCCAUCUAUAGCUUUUUCUUCCACUUGUAUAUAUUAGAUGUAUCUGUAUAUCCACAUUUAUUUGCUUCUUGUCAAUCAUUUUUGCCGUUUUAUAGUCUGUUGUUCUUUAAUAGGAUAUUAUGUAUACAAGAAAUUACAUUCAAUGAAUAAUUUUCAGUUGUUCUUUUUUUAAUAUAAAUUUAUAUUUGAC